AUGUAUUUUCGUCGUAAGCGACCCCUUCCUCGUCAUCAAAGCUGUGGAAAAUGUUGUUGUCAAUCGGGAGUUUGUUUAAAGGAAAACAUGGCUCCGACACAUUGGCCAGAGAAAUUAUUUCAUGGUCAACAACUGUCAUCGAAAGCAGCCACUAUAAUUAUUGAGAAAAUGAUAAAAAAUGAAUAUGAUGAACUUGAAAAUUCGUGUUUAUCGAUUGAUCAGCUAUUUCGUACAUUAAAAAAUAGAAAUAUUGACAGUGGUCCUGCUGUAAAAAAUGAACCACAAAUGAUUAUCGUCGAAAAUACACGUUCAAAAGAAAAUUUUGUUAAUACGAUAACAACCUCAUCGAACCUAAAACGUUCACUAAACGCCUCUACGUUGAAUGAAAAUGGUCAAAAUAAUAAAUUGCUGAAGACGAUGAUCGAAGCAGCUGUUCAAGAGCGGCUCAAAAGAUUGUUGGUAAUAGAUGAAAAGUAG